GGAGCGGCGGGGCCCUGGCGGAGCGGGGGGCGGAAGCAGGUUGCCGGGGGGACGCGGCCUGGCCCAGCGGCAGCAUCGAGAUGAGCGGCAAAGAAGGAUCAGGUGGGUUCAGAAAACGAAAGCAUGACAAUUUUCCACAUGGUCAAAGAAGAGAGGAAAAAGAGAAUGUUAAUCCAUCUUCAGCUUUGAUGACAUCUUUUAAAUCCUUUCAGCUGGAGCUUGACACCAGGCAUGAUAAAUACGAACGGCUUGUGAAGCUCAGUCGCGAUAUAACCAUUGAAAGCAAAAGAACAAUAUUUCUGCUCCACAGGUUUACCAGUGCUCCCAAUGGGGAAGAAAUACUAAAUGAAUCUGAAGUCAAGUUAGAUGCUGUCCGACGGAAGAUUAAGCAGGUUGCACAAGAACUGAUUGGAGAAGAUAUGUAUCAGUUCCACAGAGCUAUAUCUCCAGGACUUCAAGAGUACGUUGAGGCAGUCUCAUUUCAGUAUUUUAUCAAAACACGGUCUUUGAUUAGUGUUGAAGAGAUCAACAAACAACUAAUAUUUACAUCAGAAGACAGAGAGGAAACAACAAACACGACCUCCAGUUCCCAAGAUAAAGAGCCCCACACUUGGAGCCUGAAGGUAACACCUGUGGAUUACCUGCUGGGAGUGGCUGAUCUGACUGGAGAGCUGAUGCGGCUGUGCAUCAGCAGCGUUGGGAACGGAGAUAUAGACACACCUUUCGAACUGAGCCAAUUCUUACGGCACAUCUACGAUGGCUUUACUUUCAUUGGCAACACUGGACCUUAUGAAGUAUCCAAGAAGCUGUAUACCUUGAAACAAAGCCUGGCAAAAGUAGAGAAUGCCUGCUACACAUUAAAAGUACGGGGAUCUGAGAUCCCAAAGCACAUGCUGGCUGACGUGUUCUCCAGCAAAACGGAAUUGAUUGACCAAGAGGAGGGUCUUUCUUAAAAUAAGCAGAUUCUUGCAAGUCAGAAGGGAAGAGGACUUAGAGAAAGCUGGUUAGUUACCGUUUGUGGGGUUUUGACCCUUCUUGAAGUCUUCUAGGUGGAGACAUUUUUAGUUUUAUCUAUGAGAAAACUGUUUGCGGUGGUAAUUUGUAACCAAAAAUCCUUUUUAGGAUGUGCAAGAGAACAAAUGUUUAACUUUGUCCUCUCGGUAUGGGAUUCCCUGUAUCGCUCCAUUUUAUGUUCUUUCAGAAUGACCAAAAUUUCCAGUGCCCUCUACACCAGGGAUUAUCAGCUGUGUGAGUCAACUCAAACUGUUGUGGUGGCUGUUAGCAGUUUUCAGCAAGAACAGCAGUGGAGAGGGGGAAAGAAGUUAGGUACUGUUAUUUACCAUUAUCCAUCAGUUUCUGCUGACCUGUUUCUGAAUAUUUGGGUUCAUGUCAUACCUAAACCAAAGCACUCAUGGAUGUGUAAGUUCAUCGCUUGACUUGAAACUGAGGUGGUCUCGCAGGUGCAACGUAACUUAAGUUUUGUCUUUGAUUGAUGCUCCUGAGCGUGAAACUGAAGCUAAGUCAACUUUCCACCAAUUGAUAAUGAAGCUAAUUGUACCAGGUAAAUCCUACUAUGCACUCAUCAUUUGAGGGCUCUGUUUCAACUGAGCUCUGUCCAAGUUAACACUGGUACUUCCCAGUUUUGACACGAGCUAGAAAAUCCGCAAAACAUACUGUGGAGUGUAUUGGUUUAUGUUUUUUCUAAUACAGCUCAGUGCACAAUCUGACAUCUUUCUGUUUGUAGACAAAAGUAGAUGUACCAAGUACAUGAGGAAUUUGGUGUUAGGACAACAGUUUUUGGCCAAAACAAUUGGGGGUGUGGUGUUGGAAGUCUGUUCUCCAUUGUGCUGCCCUGAGGACCUCCAGUGGGGUUUAACUGGUAUACAUGGGAAAGGGAUAGUCAAGCUUUAAAAUAUCUGUUAGCAGGCACUCGAUCAAGUGCAUGUUCCUAUGGAAAGGAAACUGCAAACAGAAAUAAGGCAGACAUGCUGACUUCCACAUUUAUCUUUAAGGUUGGGUAUGUCACUGUUGGCAAAAAAUCAGGGCUUUCUGCUGGUGUCUGAAGUUGUGGAGGUCUGAUAAUGUACAUUAUGCUAAAGGAAAACAGAUAAAACAACAUGAUCUUUAGACUCCAGGAAAUAGACCUCCCAACUGCAAUUGAAAAUACUGCAUGUUUUUCAUUUCCACUUCCAUAUGCUGUGAUACUGCAAAUAUUUUUCCGAUGAGCAUGUCCUGAGUAGCUGGGAUCAUCUGAUUAAUGGAUAGGAAUGGGCAAAUACAUUUUGCUCACAUUUUUCCAUUGUUUCCCCAUAAAGCAGUAUGUGGUGGGUUGAACCUGGGUUUUCCCUGUGGUUUAAUACUAUUUUUUACAAUAAAUUCUGAAAAGCAGUGACUGUCUGCACGUUGGUCCUUUUUCCCGGUGGUCCCAGUGGUAAAUGACAGUGUGAGUGGGACUUGACUUGGAAGUUUCACUCCAUUUGUAUAUUCAUACUUUGAGGGGCACUGUCAAAUCCUGAAUCUCGGUUCUUGGUCUCCCUUAAUUUUAUUCUGUGAAGUCUAAAAAUUAGUUAGGAUGGAAACUCUGUUGUGAUCCUCUUGAAG